UGUGUCACUAUCUAAGAGAGAGCGAGAAAAAUAAAAAGUUGUUGAUAAGGUAUGCGUCCUCAGAUCAAUGAAGGGCCAUGAAGUUCAAAGUCCUGUUGUGUUUCUGUUUCCUGAGUCAUAUAAAACAGGUAUUUCCCACAGAGAUAUUUGUUCAUCUGAGCUCCACCGUUGUCCUGCCCUGUUCGUUCCAUCUUCCGGACAACGAUGAGCUCCUCACCAUCACCUGGUUCUUCAACGGAUCCGUCAUUGCAUCCAAUAAUCAAACAGGAAGUGAAUAUAACCUGACAACGUCAGCUAGUGGAUUCAAUGGAUUUUUUCCCCAGACGGUGUAUAAUGCUACUCCACACAAUCAGGGGGUGUAUGAGUGCCAUGUAAAGAGCAAUCUAACCAAUUACGUCAGCAAUGUCACACUGAUCAUUUUGGCUCCGCCGUCUGUAUCCGUGCCUUCUCCAGAGGUGGUGUUGGGGCGAGAGAGCACAGUAGAGUGCUGGGCAAAAGGCUUCAGCCCUCCUAACAUCACAUUCUCCUGGACACGAGCAGGCAAAGUGAUCAGAGAUCCUCAAAAAUCCAUAACAAACUACACAGAGGAUGGUCUAUAUGAGGGUCUCAGUCAGCUGGUUUUCUUUCCUGAACUUGCUGAUCGAAACAUUACAUACGCCUGUGUGGUGAACCAUGAAACGCUGGAGAAACCACUUGUGAGAGAGUUCAGAAUAAACAUCACCAUCCUUCCCAAAGUCACCGUGUCUGUUGUGCCAUCCUCUUCACGCUCAUCCCCACUCACUUUAGCGUGCGAAAUCAACGGAUUCUACCCACAGAAUGUAUCUGUGAUGUGGCUCAGGAAUGGCACUGUCCUGUCUGAGACUCCUCAGAUCCAACAGAACAAUGAUGGAACGUACAGAAUGACUCGCUUUCACACUCUCAGCUUAGACGAGAGAGAGACAGCCGGACAAGUGCAGUGUGUAGCUCAGCAACGUCAUGUGUCCCAACCAGUUUUGAGCUCCAUCGACCCAUCAGCUGCUGAUUCCUUGGUGCAGAAGCUUGUUCUGACUAAAUCCGCAAAAGCCUCAGUGUCAAUGAUGAUCAUCUCCCUGGUACUUGUCCUACUGCUUUGCUUUGGCUUCUCCUGGAAGAGGAGAGAUGAGAAGCAGAAAAGUUUAAGUGUGUCAUGCAUCAUUCUGCCCCCGAGGGUGGUGGUAGGACAGAAAGGCCGGGUCACCAUCAGCAUAGAAGGCAGAAGAGCCGAUCAAGUCCAAACUAUCUGGUUUCUCAAUGAUGUCCCCAUAGCAGAUACAUCUUACACAGAAGAAAGCAAUGGCUCAAGAAGUCACACUCCAAGGACAUCCCAUGUAACAGUGCUGUCAGAAAAAGCCCCUCUGCUGGCCGCUACUGCUCCAGGUUAUUACAAACUGCACACGCGGAAGCCCCUGCACUCGACGGGCCCCACCAAACAGCUCCUUUCCUCCUUCACCUUCAUCCCUAACCUGUCUGUUCAUAAGGGGGCAGUCUUCAAAUGCCAGAUUUCCUAUAAGGGGAAAGACAAGAUAGUGAUGGAGAGAGUGUCAGAGAAGUUUACUGUUCUGUCACCACCUGAGGUCUCAGAAAUCCGACUCUCAGAGCCAAAUGAAGAGACAGGUAUUGUCACAAUGACUGUCGAGGCCUCCCACUUCCACCCAGACAUCAUCACCUUCCGCUGGUUCUGUGAAGGGGGAGAUUUGUGUCCUGUGGCUGUCCCCUCAGCCCUGGCAGCACCUCGUCCCGAUGCCCAAGGCUUCUUCUCAGCCAGGAGCCAGUGCAGGUUACCCAAGACCGAGCUGGAGAGAGGAAAAACUGCAGUGUGGGUUACAGUCCAUCACAUGUCUCUCAAAAAGCCUAUCACACGAAAGACCAGAGGGUUCAUAAAGAAGCCCACUGUAUCAGAAAUCAUCUGCACUCGCGACCCAACAAGCCCACAAGAGGGACUUUUAACACUGGCUUGCAGCAUUACAAGCUUCUAUCCUCCUGACAUUGCAGUGAAAUGGUUGAAACGAUGCAACAAUGGGGAGAUGGAAAUUAAAAAAGAGGAAGGGCUGGUGGAAGUAUGCGGGCCAAUUCAGAUGCAGCUGAGGACAUUUAGAGCCAUGGCUGUGCUAACGGAAGUGGAGAACGGGCUGAAGGAUGUAGAUAAGGAUGGAAAGAUUGUGUGCAGAGUAGAGCACUGCUCCCUCCUCGAGCCCAUAGAACAAGUCUGGACAAACUCUCACUUUGUGGCUCCUUCCAUCCCUGCGUCCUUGUCUGUUAACUGGAAUAAUGAUGGUGUGGGGGUGUUUUCCUUGUGCGUGUCUGGUGGCCUUCCACAUCCCAAACUGCAGUGGGCUGCAGGGGGCUCCACUCUCACCCCACUCACCUCCAGAGAGACAGAGAAAGUGACAGACAAAGCAGGAAGAGAGCUACACAGUGUCUGUGCUUUGGUGAAGUCUGAAAUACCACAAGGACGUGAAGCCAGCUUUCAAAAUCUCCAAAAUGGGCAUCCAUGUAAUUCUCAGUUUGCAGUAUUGCAAAGUGAACAUGAGACGACGUACAGUGAAAGAGGACAAGAGAAGCUAACAGAAACAGCUGCAAUGACACCAGACUUCAAAGAGGAAACCACAAGAGAUGCUGGACAGAAUGAAUUUGAGUCUUUGUACAUAAACACAGUAUAUAUGGGGGGAGAAGGAAGAGAGUCUCUGAGAGUCACAGUGGAGAUUACCCAUCCUGCACUUCACCUGCCUGUUUACUGCACCUGGACAGAGCCUGAAGAGGGAGUACAGUCCUAAUAAUGAAGUAAUAUGCCUUUUUUUUUUUAAACUCCACUUACAGCAUGUAUUAUUUUUCAUUUAUGUUAAUUCUUAUAAUACUGUGUAUUUCAGUUUUAGUACUAAUGACUUAAUUCUACAAAAGUGUCACAUUAUGAAGAAUGUUCUGUACAUGUUAAAGCUUGAAUUUAGCUUGAAUGUCAAAACAGCAUGACAAGUUGUUUAUCUGCAUCUGUUUAAUAUAAUACUGUUUAUUGGUGGUAUGUCCUGAUGUCUAACACUAAUGUAAAUGCAGGGUGGGGGCUCGUUUAUGUUGUGUAUGCAAUUCAGUUUUAUUUGUAUAGUGCUUUUAACAAUGGACAUUGUCCCAAAGCAGCUUUAAAGGAAUAUAUGAAUUCAGAAUAAAAAACUUAAAUGGAUGUAUUUGUCCCUAACGAGCAAGCCAGAGACGAAGUGUAUGGCAUGUUAGUUAUAAUAAAGUUGUUUUUUUUUGCAAAAGAUAAGAAUUUUGACCUAUAGUGUCAUUCUUAGACCUUGAGGAACUGGGCAGUGGCAGUUUUUUUUCUGUUAUGAAGUAUGAAACUGAAUGAAAGUAACAUAACUGAUAAAAGUAGUUUUGUAAAUGUGUUUACAGUUAUAAUUAUUUAUUCUUCACGCCCCUCUCAGAGCCCUCUCGAGUACUACUGAAGUGCCGUUUUCGAACGAGUCGACUCUUUGAACCGGAUCCUUCAAAUGAACGCUGGGAGCCGACUCCCACAUCUGAAGCGCCAUAAUUAAUGCUUUCUGCUGAAAAUGUGUUCUGUGCUCAACAGUAAAGACUCCAGCGUUUUGCAUUAGUGUAUGUAGCAGGCACAGGAGUAUAAUAUUGCAGGAAUUUUCACCGUCUGUCAAGGCGACAUGUAGCAUGACGGUUUUA